GUCCAACAACGUGGCUAGCGGCGUUCAGUUGCUUCCAGCGACUUACCUCGACGGGUUCGCUCCGCUCCGCUUUGCGCCACUCAGUGCCAGUCCGAGAUCCGGGGAUCUACUUCGAGUCACGACCUUUCUGGCCGGCAGAACCUGUUUUCCCGCCUCGUGGAUAGUUUUUGGCAGCAGGUUCUCCAUCUCUUCCCGAGGAAACCCAUUCCACACACCACAAUCAGAACUCCCAACCAAGGAUGAAGGAGCACGAGAGUCUGGGACAGUCCGGAAAUGAGAGCAACGGCAGGCAGGCCAGGAUCGUCUCGGGACUGGAUCGGCCCCUGCAGACGCCGCGUCCGCCUGGAGAACAAUUUCGAGCCGUACGGCGACAAGUGGUAGCCGUCAUCCUGGCCAACAUAGGCGUUUUUUCCACCGGCAUGACCCUGGCUAUGCCAACCGCCACUAUCCAUCAGCUGAAGGACACCACGGAACCAGUCCACCUGACCGUCACGGAGGCCUCCUGGUUCGCAUCGGUCAAUGCUUUGUCGGCUCCCUUGGGAGGACUGCUCUCAGGAGUUUUGCUCGACAGUAUUGGGCGAAAGAGGUCUCUCAUCGUCCUGAACGUGCUAACCAUUGCCGCCUGGAUUCUGCUGGCCACGCCCAGUCAAACGGACUCGCAGGCCUUUUUCUGGCAGCUCAUCGUCUCGCGUUUCAUGCUGGGAAUCGGCAUGGGUCUGGCCAGUGCCCCGCCAGGAGUCUAUGCGGCCGAGAUCAGCGUGCCACGGACGCGGGGAAGCCUCAUCCUGGGCACCUCCAUCUCAGUGGCUGGUGGCAUCACGAUUCUGUACGGAAUCGGCUACUGCAUUCGCGACGACUUCCGGCUGAUAGCCCUGAUCUGCUGUGGCUACCAACUGGUUGCUCUGCUCUGCGUUUUGCCCUUGCCCGAGAGCCACUGCUGGCUCCUGGCCAAGAAGCGAGUGACUGAGGCCAAGCGGUCCCUUAACUACUUCAGGGGCUUUAACAAAUCAGACGAGAUCACCCAUCCGCUGGUUUUGGAGGAGUAUCAAGUGUUGCAGAAGUCGCUGCAGCAGCGGGACGCCGAGGUGAAGGAGUCCUUUUGGAGGAGUCUCAAACAGCCGGAGGUCCACAAGCCCCUGCUCAUCCUGAUGUCGCUGUUCGCUUUCCAGCAGCUGACGGGCAUCUUCGUGGUCAUCGUGUACGCGGUGCAAAUAUCAUCGGAAGCCGGCAUCCAGAUCGAUCCGUUCAUGUGUGCCCUGCUGAUAGGCUUGGCCCGUCUGAUCACCACCUGCCCGAUGGGCUACAUCUUGGAGCUUUGGGGCCGCCGCAAGGCCGGAUUAAUAUCCACUGUGGGAAUGUCUGCGUGCAUGUUCCUGCUGGCCGGACAGAGCUGGAGUGAGUUCCUUCAGGGAGUGCCCUACUUGCCAGUUGUAGCCAUUGUGGGCUUCAUUGUGCUGAGCACUUUGGGUCUGUACACACUGCCCUUCUUCAUGAUCUCCGAGCUGUUCCCGCAAAGGGUGAGAGGGCCUGCGUCCGGACUGACGGUGGCGGUCGGCAUGUUCAUCUCCUUCGUGUGCCUGAAGACUUUUCCCGACCUUAAGGAGGCUAUCGGCAUGCCCAACUGUUUCGUGUUCUUCGGGGUCAUGGCCCUGCUGGCCCUGGUCUUUGUCUACUGGGCUCUGCCGGAGACCCGCCGCCGCUCCCUCCUGGAGAUCGAGGAGCAGUUCCGGACAGGGAAAAGCCGGAAACGUCAAACUCAGGCCGAUGUCGAGAUGCAGGAGGUCUUUGUCCGGAAAUCAGACAACUGAUUUCGACAGAUUUCGAAAUCGUAAACUUAAGUAGAUUCCCAUGUGUGCUUAGUACUGUGAUAGACCAUAAAUACACCACAAAAUUCUAUAUUACACCGGGACUGAAUUGGAAAAAUAUUCUCAUUUGUUAAACCAUUACCACGCUGUUUGUACUGAGCAAGCGCCGUGGAAUCAAAUAGAUUAAGUCAGCCUAUACUGAGCCGCUCGCCGAUAAGGUCCCGGCCACUGUCUACCUGUUCACAAAAUACAAACAACAUUUAAAACUUG